UGCAGCAGAUUAAUGGACGGACGGACGAACGGACUUAAAGCGAGUGACAGGUGGUUUGACGUUUCGCUCGUCGCCAUCGUCGCUAGCGACAAGCGCGGCCUGCCAUAUUGUGCGUGAUAUUUCGAGGCGAGCGUUUUUCCCCAUCGUUGGUCGUUGUGCGAUUCGAUGAUAAAAUAACUUUGCGUUCGAAGAGCAACGAGUCCGCGGACCAUCAUCCGCACGUUCCCUGUUCACACCCUUCGGUCACGGCCCAACGAUCACGACAAGCAACCUUCCACUACACGGCGCCGUUUCACAAGCGUGUACAAAAUGUCGACCGGUCCAUAUAAUUAUUCUUAUAUCUUUAAGUACAUCAUCAUAGGGGAUAUGGGAGUGGGCAAGUCAUGCCUGCUUCAUCAGUUUACAGAAAAAAAAUUCAUGGCAGAUUGUCCACAUACCAUUGGCGUCGAAUUUGGGACUAGGAUUAUAGAAGUAGCAGGACAGAAGAUAAAACUGCAAAUAUGGGACACUGCUGGGCAAGAACGAUUUAGAGCAGUUACUAGAUCAUAUUAUCGCGGUGCAGCUGGAGCAUUAAUGGUAUACGAUAUUACACGUCGUUCAACUUACAAUCAUCUGAGUAGCUGGCUGACAGACACAAGGAAUUUAACAAAUCCGAGCACUGUCAUAUUCUUAAUUGGUAAUAAAAGUGAUCUCGAAGGUCAACGUGAUGUUACCUAUGAAGAAGCAAAACAAUUUGCUGAUGAACAUGGUUUAAUGUUUGUCGAAGCUAGCGCAAAGACGGGACACAAUGUGGAAGAAGCCUUCUUGGAAACAGCAAAGAAAAUAUUCCAAAGUAUACAAGACGGGCGAUUGGACCUAAACGCAGCAGAAUCUGGUGUACAACAUAAUCCGAGUCAACCAGGUCGCACCAGCCUCCAAGGAGUAUCUAAUGAACAGCAGGGAGGAAAGGACUCCUGCUCCUGUUAGGUCUUAUUAUUUGUUUGUAUAUAGAUAUAUUAAUUGAUCGGUACUAUUAAUGCAUAUAUGAUUUGUACUAAGUGUAGUUGACAGAUUGUCUUGUAGCCUGUAUCCUCCCUUUGAUAAGUGAAGUCCAUUUAAAAAAAAGAAUGAAAUUAAAUAAUUAAAAUGUUCUUUUUUUUAAUUAGCGUCAAUUUACGAUAUUCAAUACAAUGUUAUAAGUACACAAUGUAGAGACGUUAUAAAAAUGAUUCUGAUAAUGCUGAUUUCUGUGAGGCGUGGAGAGUCAGUAAUUUGUCGAUAAAAUGGCUUUUGUAUGAUUAUUGCAAUUUAUAUACUGUUUUCACGUAGACGUUUUAUAUUUCAUGCAUUUUUUUGUGAAAUUAGGUCAAGAAAGAAUUCGUUUAUAGAAUAUAUAUACAAUAGCUUAUAUAGAAGCCGAUUAACUUCUCUCAUAAGUUCGAUUGAAAAUUUCUGUUGGAACGAUUUAACAGCGAACACAAGUGAUGGAAUUUACAUUCAACUAAUUUAUACCUGCAUGGGAGGAUCAUUUUUACACAUAUUUGUUGUAACAUGCAAAGUUCUUGCUUUAAAAGAAUUUAAUCAAUGAAAAUUAACUUAAAUUAUAAACGGUCAGAUUUUUCUUAAUCUCACUUUUUAAACCUGUUUUAUUUGAUAAGAUAUGCACAUUUACACAUUGCAAGCUUAAUGAUUUCAGUUAUCUUGCAAAUUAAUUAU